AUGGCCGCCAACCAUCACGUCACAUCUGUUGUCAGUACAGAUAACAGGCUGCCGGCAGCAGCGGUGAACGGAGACGGCCACACGUGGCUCAAGUACGGCAGCAAAGAUAUCGGGAACCACGUCAGGUUCGAGGAGAGCAGAUGCGCCUGGUACAAGCGCCCAAGCGCCUGCCCUGCCAGGAAAACCGUCGACUACGGCCCUCCACGCACUAGCACCACUAGUAGUGCUCACCUUCCAUCCACCAAAGUCCAUGGGUUCGACAACUGCAGUGGAACGCUGGACGCCAUAGUAGCAUCUGCUGAAAACGCAAUACCAGCCUACACCGCCAGCAGCACCCCUGUCUGCCACUCAGUCCCAGUCUACCGACCAGGCUCAGUCUGCCACUCAGUUGCAACCUGCCACGAGCUCACAGUGGUCACGGUGUACCAUCAUGACCACAACCACCAGGAGCGCGGGCCUCCCCCACGGCGCCACAAGCGGCAAGCGGCGCGGGUUGAGAAGGCAGCAGCAGCGGGAGCAACAUCAGAAACAGCAGCAACAGCAGCAGCGUCCAGAAAGCUGAGCAAGGCCAGGACGCUUUCUCCAAGGCUCGCGAAGAUUUUUGCCGAGGCCCAGGAGGAGGCUGCUUCACAUGCCCUGAGUGAUACUGACGGGGAGGAUGAUUCACAUGCCCCUUCACACACCGCUCCACACACCUCUGCAAGUCCUCCUCGGCAUGCACCUGCAGGCGCCCUUCCACACCCUUCUCUGCACACCCCUCUGCACACCCCUCUGCACACCUCUCUGCAAGCGCAUCCACACACCUCUCUGCACGCCCAUCCACACCCCUCUCUGGACACCCCUCUACACACCUCUCUGCACGUCCAUCCUCUGCACACCUCUCUGCACGUCCAUCCUCUGCACACCUCUCUGCACGUCCAUCCUCUGCACACCUCUCUGCACAACCCUCAGCAAAACCCUCUGCACACCUCUGCGCACACCCCUCCACAUGGCCCUCCGCUCGCCCCUCCACACGCCCUUGCGCUUGUGAGCAGUUGGGAUUUCCGCAUCUCGCCCCCCUCCAGGUGCAGCAACGUAGCCGAGCAGCAAUUGCUCCCAGCGGGGCCGUGUGUGGCUGCAGAUGCUGCACCGUCAACAGAAGAGCAGGAGGCUGAACACCGGGGGCGGGCAGAUAAGCCGCAGCUGCUGGUUAUGCCGUCUCCGGUAGACACUGUUUUGGCCCUUGCAAGACGCUGUCAGAGAAGCAGUAGCAGUGACGGUUCAUUGCCGCACCACGAGCAGCAGCAGCAGCAGCAGCAGCAGCAGGUGCACCACCCUGUAUUUGAUGUGCUCGGUGGAGGCAACAGCAUGAGCGUUCAGGACUUCAUGGAGUGA